AUGAUGGAUACUUGCCCACCCAGGAUCUCGAAACAGUGCCGGAUUGACCAUCUUUACCGAGACAAGCUGCCCUCAAAAGUGUUUACCACACUCACCAGUUGCUCUCCACUGGUGGCGCUCUCAACUCCCAAACAACGGAUUCUCAAUAUCUCGGAGGCCUAG